AAAGGGAGGGGCUCUAUAAUUAGACGAAUCUGAUUUCAAAUCCAGCUCUGGCGAUUCCCCCACGAAGCAAUCUGUUUAAGUGUCCCUCACCCAGUUCUUCUCACAAAACCGCAAGGGGCGUCCCUAAUCGGAAGCCCUUGUGUUCCCCCUAUCCCGGCGCCGCAGCGAUGAGACUCUAGCUUUCACCCUCUCCGGAAUAGCAGACAUGUCAAGAGUCACUAGGUGCCGCAUGCUUGCCAUCACCGUGCCGCACACAGUCACAAGCCCGCGAGGGAGCCGCGGCCUCGCCGAAGGGGCGGAGCGCUUUGUUGGCAGGGCGCCUCACUGUGCGCUAGGCGCCGUGUGGCGGCUCGCUCGCUCUUCACAGCUCUCCAUUUAAUAGAAGAGGAGCUGAGGCUCCGAAGGCUUGAGCAGCUUGCCCACAGAUGCUCAGAGACGUUUUCUACCCCACAAAGAGACAGAAAACACAUGGAGACUUCAGUCCAUCUAUGCCAAAGUCUGGACAUCUUAGAAUAGUGAUAAUAAUGCCAAAUGAUCGUUAGUCACUACCUAUUGCCCUUUCUCUGCCAAAUGCUGUACACCUCAUCUCAUCAACUCCAUUCAUUCAUUCAUUCAGCUAAUACUUAUUGACCUCUAUUACGCCCUCGGCUCUCUGCAAGGCAUAGGGGUGUAUUGAUAAAACAGAUAUGCCCCUCUUCUCAGGGAGGUAAGUAAUGUGAACUUCUAUUGGGAACAAGAGGAAACUGAGGCUCAGAAGGUACAAUGACUUGUCUAAGGUCACACUGCUUGUCAAGGAAGGAUGAGAUUUGAACCAGGGCUGUUGUGCCUCUGGUAACACUUUUCUGGCUGUCUCACACAGGAAGCAAGAAGUGAGAAUGGGAGUAAGAGGCCAACUCAGCAGGCCGCGUGGUGAAGGGGAGUGCACCGCUUCGAAAGCCCUGCAGAGGAGAGAGGCUAGAAUCAAACCCAACACAGCCAUUGUCAUUGCAGCAGCCCACAGUCAUGCACCAAGUAUUACAACACUUUUAGAAAAAUGUUCAUCCCAGGUUACAUCCAAAUAAUGUCUUAACAUUAAAGUGAUACAUGUUCACCAUAGAUAUUUGGGGAAAUUGAGAAUGAAGAGGUAAGCUUAACUCAUAAUCCCACAACCCAUAAGCAACCACUAGUGACAUUUGGAAAUGUCUCCUUCCAGUGUUUGCUACACCCAGUUUCUGUGUGUAUUUGUUUACACUGUUGAGAUUGUACUGACUCUAGUCUUUAAAUCUACUUUUUCCACUUGGAUGGAAAUCUUUAAUGCUUUUAAAUUAUCCAAAUAAUAACCACCACUUGUAGUGGUGACUCUGACACCACUGCCUUGGGGGUAAAGGGCUUUCCGUGCCCCAUCUGCUUUGUUUCUCAAAAGAACAUUUGCCCCAUUUUAGAGAUGAGGAAACAGGGAGUCCAAGAUGACCUAGCUGUCCAGCAGUGGAGCUAGGAUUGGGAUCUGGGUUGACACCAGAGCCCGCACUCUUAAUCAUUUCACCUCUGUGGAAUCACUUAUGCUUGGCCAUGCCUGGAAAACUAUGCAGUCUUGCAGCAGAAGUCCACCUGAGGUGUGUUACUUGCAUCCUACCUGGAGCUCAGGCGAGGUUCCUGGUGGGGAGGAAAGCAUCUCUGUGUGGCACCGACAAGCAGGCACCUCCCCAGAUGCCUGUGGCACCAGUGACUGCAUUUCCCCUCUAGAGCCAGAGGGGCAGCCACAGCUCCCAUCUCUGGCCUCUGCCAGAUGGGGUAGCCAGAUAAACUGCUGAGCGCUCAGGUAAAUUUGAAUCUCAAAUAAAUAACAGAUAGUAUUUUAUUUUAUUAUUAUUAUUUUUUUAUUUCUUUAAACAGAAAGUCUCCAAGUACAGAUAGUAUUUUAGUGUAAGAACAUUCCACAUAUUGCAUGGAAUGUACUUAUACUCAAAAAUUAUUCGUUGCUUAUCUGAAAUUCAAAUUUAACCGGGUGUGUGGCAUUUGUAUUUGCUGUAUCUGCCAACCACACUGCCAGGAAUUAUGGAAGUUUGCUUGGCUUGACAAGCUAUGGUUUGCCCAGGUUUAAUACACACACACUCAUAUCCACUCCCCACCCCUAGAGCCACUGUCCCUCUUGUCUGGCUACAAGGAAAUUAAAAUGUGCUGGGGGUAAUGGGAGCCCCAGGGUUCUUCUGCAGCUAAGAGACCAAAUUAAGCAUGCCUAAUUGCAGCUGGGUGGAGAGCCAGCUUUCUGAAACAAGACUCUCAGUUCUUCCCCACCCCCUCACACUUUCCUGUUUUCUCGCUUGAAGUCCUUCCACUGGGGAAAUUCUUCCCGGUUCAAACUUGUUGUAAAGGUGAUUCUCAUUCCUUUUAUAUUCUCUCCACGGAUUCUAUGACAGGCUUUUUUCUGCCAAUACAGCUUCUUCUCCCCUAAGCCCUUUCAGCAGAGCAUGUCUGGGGGAUGAGGGGCACAGUUUGAUCCUGGGUCCGUUUUGUGGGUGGCUUCUCAGAAACCUCAUUGAGUCCUUGAAAAGGGGCCUUGGAGAUUUAGACUGAACACAGGGCUGAGGAGGAAGUUUUGAGUUGCCAUGGAAACUUCUUGUCUGAUGUUUGUGGGCCCUGAUAAGCUGAUCCAGGGACCCACUGUCUUGGAGAAAGGGGGCAAAAAUGAAAAGAAAGCCAAUUUAGGGGGUGGUUAGCUUCUGCACACUACAGCCCAGCCCAGUACAGUGCAGGAAAAUUCCCCAGCUCCCGCUCUGGGCCGCCUCCCUGGGACUUCACUGGCUUCCUUCCUUUUGGCUCCUCUGGCUCCCAAGAAAUCAGAUCUCAAAGGGACAGGAGGGUGGGAGGGGUGUGCUCAGCCUCAGGACCCCCCCCUUCAGUGCUCCAGCCCACCCAGAGCUGAGCAAGAACUCCGAAACCCAGGCUCCCUUCCUUUUGGAAGAAUGGAAAGACCUCCAGGAAAAGCCACGCAGAAAGAGGCAGCAAGCAGCAGCUGGGCCUUGAAUUCUGCCUUUACCUGGAGUAAAUUCCCGAAAGGCUCAGUUACUCAGAGAGCCUCUGUUUUCCCAUAACUGAACCAGAUGUGAUUCCUAACUAGCAGUUGCAAAAGGUUGCUCUUUCUCAUAUUUUUAAUCUUCAGAGCUUUUUUGUGACAACAAAAGCAAUACAUGCUUGGUUUGGGUUUUAAAGUUACAAACAUUACGGAAAUAGAAUGACAGAAGAGAAGAGCCUGUAAUUUUACACCAUAGAACAGUGGUUAUCUAAGUCUUUAAUAUAAAUGAAUUCCCAGGGUAGUAGAUUAAAAAUCCAGAUUCCUAGGCUCCUCCCUCAAAGGUUCUCAUAGACCAAUCCAAGAGUGUGUGCCAGUAAUUCCAUUAUUGACACUCAUUUCAAAUGCCUAGCAAUGAUGUUUGAGAUGCAUUGAUCUAGAAACUGACCUCUGCUAACAGAUUAGUAUUUAUGCCUCCAAAUGACUAUGUGUAAACUAACUUUUUUAUCUUAGGAAAAAAAGAAUCAUACUACAUAUGAUUUUGCAGUUUGGUUUUUCAUUAAAUAUGUAGGAAACAUCUUUUUCAGGUCAAUAAAUAGACAUGUUUAUUGGCAGCAUGCCAUCAUGGAGUGUAGCAUACUCUCUGACUGAUGAGGUGUGGCUGUUGACUGUGGAUCUUAAUCCAGUUAUCACACAGACACACAGCAAGAUGGUGCUGUGACAAGUUCCAGGAGAUUAAUGUAUUAUGUUUGGUGUCUUCAGGUCAACAAUAGUUAUUGGGCAUUUUGGUACUAGGACAAGAAUACUAAGGAGGAUGAGGUGAGAGGUCCCUGCCCUCAGGCUGGAGGUCUGAUGGAGUUGGACAAAGUGGGACUGUGAGAAGAGUUUUAGGGGAAGAAGUACAGUGACUUGAGUCCCAACUGCCUGGGGAAAUGGCACCCAAUGCUGGCGGACUCCUGCCCAACUCCCCCUGGCUCUCGCUUGCACGUCCCUUGGGGUGCGCUAGAUGCUGGGCUGCUGCCUUCUCUGGGGGUAAGUAGAAGUCCCCCUGCCUCAAACCUUAUUCCCCCCAACUGUCAGAGGCGCCGGGACUGGUUCAGAUGAGCUACUGCAGACCCUGGGAAAUGGCAAAAAUGCUCAUUAGUAGAGCAGGAUGAUGUGUAGGAAGGAACCAGGGCAGCAAAGAGUAGUUUGAUGAGAAUCUAGUUGUUGUCUUCUGCCAGGAGAGUUUAGCGAAGUUAGGGCAGGCACAGCUGAGUGGGAAGCUGGGGAGUGGGCAUGGGUGCUGUUUAAAGGACCUCAAGAGAAGCAGAAUUUGAAAAGAAACUAAAAGGACCACACAUCGUUUCCAGAAAAUUCGUUAAUACCUGAAAAUGUAGGACCCUCUAAGUUCAAGUGGCUCCAGAAUGGUCAGCUCGGCCAAAGCCCCUGGACAUCCCUGACCUGCCCCUCCCUGCCCCAGACCCACCUCCCACCUCCUUCACACCCAGCACUGCAGCCACGCCGGCCUUAUCCGCCACGCCCUGCGCCCUUCCACGGGCUGCUCCCACUCCCUGAACAUCUUCACACAGCUGACUCCUUGUGAGUCCAUGUCCCUAAAUCCCCACACACACGGUGUCUGCCCUUCCUAAGCUCACAGUCCCUCCCUUCCACCUCACCCCUCUUGCUUUCGCCGUAGCGUUCGUCACCAGCUGAUGGUUUCUGUACCUUUUAAAGGUAGGUUCCCUGAGGACGGGGUAUUUUCUGCGUCAUUCACUUGAAACAGUACUAGGAACACAGUAGGUACUCAAUAAAUGCUUGUUAAAUGAGUAAAUAAUGUAAGCCAAAGAGGACACAAGGUUGCACUUUUAAUGCCCCCGUUCACAUUUGAUGUGUGUCUUGGGCUUUGCUGCCCUCCAGCCAGCCAAGACUGAGAUAGUCAAGUUGGGGCGAAGGCCCCUUGUAGACCCGAGCUUCCUCGUGAGAGGACGAGGAUGUUGCUAAAAGCUAGAAAACACUAACAGCUUUUCAAGUGGAAGCUGGUUCUGAAAUUAGGAAAAUGCCUCCAUUACUCACAAGCACCCAGGUUGGCCUCAGGGAUCUACACACACUAUUUUUACAUUCGCACGUUUAUUCCGUGAGCCCCUAUUUAUGGGGCACAGUCUGCCAGGUAGGGUGCUGCACACUCGGGCCCUGCACUCAGGUCACGUAAAGCCCAGGUCUCUUUGGGAACAGUCACGUUUGCUGAGCACUGACUAUAUACUCUCCCUGAUGUCAGGGCAUCCAUGUCACCUCCCAAGCGCCACAUUUGAUACAUAUGACAUAUAUGACACGUCUGACACUAUGCUCCAUGUUUGACACAUACAGAAACCAAGGCUCAGAGACACUGGGUGGCUGCCAAGAGGCUGGUGCCAGAGCCAGGGCCAACACAGCAGGCUGCUGGAGCCCAGACAAGUCAGUGUCCACUCUCCCCUCCCCUGUGCCGUGUCCCGUUGGCUCCUCGGGGAGGUUUGGACGAAUUUCAGGAUAUCAAGGAAAUAGCGUGUGUGGAGUUUUCGACCCAUUGGUGGAUGACCAAGAGCUGACCAGAUGCUGAGUAGUUCCCCUCCCUUUACACAUACCCUACACACUGCGAGGGCCAUUUCUCCUGAAGAAUCGUCACUGGAGCAGGAAGCUUGGCUUCCCCUUCCAUCGGGAAAGGGCCGGAACCCACUCUUGCCUGACCCUCCCAUUAGAAACGGGAAAUUCCUUUACAUGAGCCGCCUUGUUCCAGACAAAGCUUAGCAUGUUUCUUAUUCCUCAUCCAUCUGACAAAAUAGGUACUUAUUUGUUCCUCUCAAGCAUGUGGCUUGGACAUGGUGUUCCGCAUCGUGGAAGUGGCCGUGCACCAAGUGAAAUAUCCGUUACUAUAGUAACAGUUCCUUUUUAUUGAUACCAGAAUAAACAGGAAUGCAAAGUCUGUCUCACUUGUUGGCACAUUUCAGCUGCCUCCUAUCCCCAGGGGUUUAGGAACCGCCCUUUAGAGGCGGCCCUCCUUGCUAGUCUAGGACUUCCCGGUGGAGUGAAGAACCCAGCUACACUGCUCCGGACUUCCCUUCCCAGGGACUCAGCCGGAGAAGUAAGACCGUUUCUGUUCUGUUUCACCUGCGGUUGAGUCGUUAUUUUGAAGGCCUUUCUUCUCAUCUGUUCUGCCACCCCAUUAAAUGCUGAACCAAGGAAGUCCUGAGUGUGUUCUGAACCCAGCAGCUUGAAUGCCACCAUGUACUCAGAAAUCCAGAGGGAGCGGGCGGACAUCGGGGGGCUGAUGGCCCGGCCAGAAUACAGAGAGUGGAACCCGGAGCUCAUCAAGCCCAAGAAGCUGCUGAACCCUGUGAAGGCCUCCCGGAGCCACCAGGAGCUGCACCGGGAGCUGCUCAUGAACCACAGAAGGGGCCUGGGUGUGGACAGCAAGCCGGAGCUGCAGCGUGUCCUGGAGCACCGUCGGCGGAACCAGCUCCUCAAGAAGAAAAAGGAAGAGAUGGAGGCCAAGAGGCUGCAGUGCCCCUUCGAGCAGGAGCUGCUGAGGCGACAGCAGCGGCUGAAUCAGCUGGAAAAGCCACCGGAAAAGGAAGAGGACCACACCCCUGAGUUUAUCAAAGUCAGGGAAAACCUGCGGAGGACCGCCACGCCGACCAGCCAAGAGAGGGCGCUGUAGGGGUAGGGCUGGCCGCUGGGCCUCGCUGCGCCCGCCCAGCCCGCCCUCCUCCAGCCCCUCCGCACCAGGCAGCCCUGGGCCCGGCCUGGGGGCACCUGUCACAUUCCCACCCACUCCCAUAACAACGUGCCGCCCCAAAGGCCCCGCUUCUGUAAGUGCCGAGGCUUUUCCUUCCAGCACCCAGCCCUCCUGCUCCGCGAGGAAGCCGCCGCAGAAAAGCCGUCCCAGGGCGCCCCUCCCAAGGGGGUUCUGAGCCCGGCAGGGGAGGGUUUUCUGGCAGAAUUGGGAAGGAGGGACAGGUGGCCCUCUGGCUUGACAGACCCUCCAUCCUGCCCAGGCCCCCCCACCAGGAACCUCCCAGGCCCCCCAGGGUCCUGCUUCUCAGAGCAGCAGGGCUCCUGGGUCUCAGAGAAGUCUCUCCCUCCCUCCCCCAUCUGUGGUGUCACCUGCAGCCAGCAGAGCUUAACUUCAAGGACACCUGCCCCAAAAGCCCCUGAGGGUCAGUUGGGCGGGCAGCCCCCAGGCAUGAGAGGUGGGAAGGGUGCUGACAGGCGUAUUAGGGUUUGCCAGACUUUCCCCCACACUCCUGCUUUGCUUUUCUCCCCUGCACAGCCCUCCCUGUCCAGGCCUUGUAACACUUGUAGCCAGGGCUGCAGCAUUCCUGUGUCCAGAAGUCUGCAGCAGUGCUUUGCAAACUAUUUUUCAUACAAAUCCCUGGGGAUCCAGUUAAAACUCAACUUCUAAUUCAGUAGAUUUGGGGUGAGGGCUGAGAGUCUGCAUUUCUGACAAGCUGAGGCCCGCGCUGUGAGCAGCAGGGCUGGAGCAGGCAGGGAUAGUGCAUAUCCCUGGUAUUUCAGGGAAAUACCAUCCCUGAAGCCAUCACUGUCCCCAACUCCUGUGAUCUCUGCCCUGGAAGUUCCCACCGCAGACACCUGGUCCCCGCCCUCCUCUGUAGCCCCAAGCACCCUUCAUUCAUUUUCCACCCCACCCGCGAGGACUCCCAUCCAGGAAGACUUCAGCCUAACAAAUCCUGUUGGUUGUGUGAUAGUCAUUUCUACCAGAGAUGUAUAGAAUUGCCAAUCUGCAUUUCUUACCAGUGUCACCACACUGUUAAUGAUGCAAUUCUAGCCAAAAAAAGAAAAAACAAUGUAACCUUUUCCUACAGCCUUAGAGAACACAAAUAUACAAUGAUUUCCAGUAGAUUUCUGGAAAUAUAAAUAGUGGUUAGAAAACCCCAUUACCACCUUUAAGGACUGGCCCCUUUGAGUCACUGUUUCAAGCCUCUGUUACCUGAGGCCUGCCCCCUCCCUGGCUGAGGCCUGCCCCCUCCCUGGCCGAGGCCUGCCCUCUCCCUGGCUGAGGCCUGCC